AUGAGCGUGGCACAAAUACCGCCGCCGCCCGCGGUGCAAGUGCAACGGGAGACGUCCGAAGCCGAGGACAGCAACUCUGACUUCCUGUCAGUAAAACUCGUCAACCCGCGUGCACGCGUCAAACUCUCCGCCCCACUCGACCUGACCCCCUUCCCCUCCUCCGGCCACCUCUUCGCCAUCGCCCCCCACGCGCGCCACUUCGCCGCCAUCACAGCGAACUGUGUAUUGGCCGUAUCGCCGCUGGACGACUUGAGGGCGGCGCUGUACGGCGCGGACGACGGUGAUGGCGGGACGUUCGCGUGCAAGAGGACGGUCGAUCUGGGCGGGUGGGGCGUACCGCAUUAUAUUCUGUUUGCGUGUGGGGAUCGCAGGUUGUUGGUCGGAUACGUCCAGGGGCCGGUUCAGGUGUUUGACGCGCAAACAUUAUUUACGGCUGGGAGUGGGGACGUGCAGCCGCUGCACACGUUCCCGAGCACGACGAGUACGGCUGUGCGCCAGAUGCACGCGAAUCCGAAUGCGGAGGCGGGGCUGAGCGAGCUGGUGGCGGUGCUGCGGGAGCCGGACGGGAGCGGGGACAGUCUGCUGGUCGAGGUUGUCGAUGUCGUGGGUAUGAAGAGCGUGUGCGGGUGGAGGGGCGGCGGGACGAGCGAGACCUUUCCCACCUCCCUGAGCUGGUCGCCCAAAGGCAAACAACUCGCCCUCGGCCUCCAAUCCGGCUCCCUCCUCACCUUCACCCCCUCCGCGCCCUCCACCCCAAAAUCCUUCGUCCCCUCCCCGCCCCCCGCGUCCUUCCCGCCGCCCUUCAACACGAGCCCCACGCCCCUCGCGCUCCUGCACACCUCCUGGCUCAGCACGCCCGACUUCUACGGCAUAUACGCGCCGCCGGGCGCGACGGCGGACCCGAACGUCGAGCAGGCGCAUGUGGUCGUCACCUAUGAUGCGAAAAGGCCGGACGUGGCGCGGGACGUGGUGCUCCCGAUCAACUUUUUUACGAGCGGGUUGAGGCCGCCCGGCGCGUUUGUGGUGUGCUUGAGGGGGUGGGAGCCGAUGCGGCUGUUGUUGGUCGUGGGGGACACGACGAGCGCGGAUAUCGCGCUCGUUUCGUUGGUAGCCGAGAACGGCGUCGAAGCGUGGAAACGCCUCUCCCUAGAAGACGCCGCGACGCCCUCGAUGCCCCUCGACACCGAAUCGAACGAGACCGUCCUCCUCGGCCUCGAGCUCGACGCGCACAACGACCGGCCGUACACGCAUGCCACGCCGAGCGGCGAGGGGCUCGAGGUGCCGCCGCCGCCGAUCGUGCUGGCGUAUGCGAGCGACGGGACGGUGCUGGGGUGGCAUGUGGUUAAUACGACUGGGACACGGUAUCCCGGUAUGGCUGCCGCCACCGCCGCCGCAUCCGUGGGCAUGCAGCCCGAACCUCAGCCAGUCCAACAACAGGCUAGUGGAGGGAGUACGGGAGGAUUCGGCGCGUUCGCGGGGAACGGCGCGAGCGCGUUCGGACAGUCGGCGUUCGGACAGGCCGCUGCCAAACCGACGUCCGGCUUUGGACAGAGCGCGUUCGGAGCGACAGGGUUCGGCCAGACGUCUCAGCCCGCCCAAUCUUCAGGCAGUGCGUUCGGAGGAGGAGGGAGCGCAGGCGGCGGCGCCUUCGCAGCGUUCGCCUCUAAACCCGCCGCAUUCGGACAAAGCGGCUUCGGCUCAUCCACGCCCUCACCAUCCGCAUUCGGCCAGACGGGAUUCGGCUCGUCCACCCCCUCGGCAUUCGGCGCGUCCAGCACCUCGUCCUCGGCGUUCGGCCAGCCCCGCGAGCCCGCGCCGCAGAUGGAGCAGUCCAACUCGGUCAAUAUGGCGGACGAUAAUGUUAUGGGCGGGUUGUCGAUGGGGCUGGGCGGGGAGGGGAGUACGGAGGGUAAGACGAACGCUGCGUUUGGAGCUUUCGGAGGGGGAGGCUCAAGCGGAGGCGGAGGGGGCGCGUUUGGGGGGUCGAAUGGAGGAAGCGCGUUCGGGACGAGCGGGACGGGCGCGUUCGGCGGUGGAGGAGGGGGGCCGAGCGCGUUCGCAGCCGCCGCGCAGAAAGGGAGCGUAUUCGGCCAGCCAACUCAGCCUACAUCGGCAUUCUCAGCCGGCGGCAGCAGCGGCGGCGCAUUCAGCUCAGCACCCUCUCAACCUGCGCCAGCAUUCGGACAGUCCAGCUUCGGCUCCGCAACGACCGGGAGCGGGGCAGGGACGGGCAAGCCCGCGUUCGGACAAAGCGGCUUCGCAGCCAAAGCCGCGUUCGGGCAAUCUGGCUUCAGCGGCGGGGCCGGGACGGGCAGCCCGAUGAGCACGACGCCGAUAUCGGCCACUGCUCCCUCGGGUGGUGCGUUCUCGGCUUUUGCGGGCGGGACGACGGCGUUCGGCAAGCCCGCUGCUCCUGCUCCUACUUCUACUACGACGACGGCACCGACUGCGGCGCCGAGCGGUGGAGGGUUCGGCGCGUUCGCGAGUGCGGGGCCUAGUGCGUUUGAGCAGGCGGGUGCGGGAGGGGGAGGAGGUGGGAAGCCGGCGUGGAGGACGGAGGGGGAGGGGGAGAUGAAGGCUGCGCCUGUUUUUGGCGGGUCGGGCGCUGGUGGUGCGGGGUCGGGGUCGGUGUUUGGCUCGUCGACGACGUCUGGGUCUGUGUUUGGCAGUACGACGCCGACUGCCGCGCCACCCGCCUCCUCGGCGACAGAACCGCGUACGCCCGCGCCUCUUGCGGCACCUGCGUUUGGAUCGCCGUCCUCGCCUACGCCCAACUCCCCGCUCUCGCCGCCCGACACGCCCGUGCAGGCCAACGCCACCACCACCACGCCCGCCGGCCCACCCCAGUCAUUCAAACCCACCCCUUCACCCGCACCCGCAACAGUUGAUCCGUCGACGACCACGCCCGCCGGCCCGCCGCCCAGCAGCACAUUCGCGCACCUUGCGCGCCCGAGCGCGUUCACGAGCAGCACGAACGCGUUCGGCGCUGCACUCAAUAAAGAUAGUCCAUUCGCGAGAGCCGCGAGCGGGGCGAAUGCUCCUCUAGUCAACAACGCGUUCUCGGGGUCGGCGUUUGCGUUGCCGACGAGCACUACGCCCACGUCGGCGCCUGGAUUCGGAGCUGGGGCUGGGGGUGGGGGGAGCGUGUUCGGGAAGAGCGCGUUUAGCGGGCUCGGGAAGGAUAGUCCGUUUGCUGCUAAGGGGGCGAAGGAGAGCACGACAACGCCGAAGGAGACGCCGCCGCCGUCUGCUGCUGCGAGCAGUGCGUUUUCGGCGUUUGGGGGGAGCGUGAGCGCGUUUGGGAAGGUCGGAGGCGGGAGUAAGGGGAAGAGUUUUAGUGAGAUGUUGAAGGAAGGAGGAGGGGAGGGUGGAGAUAAGAAUGAGGGGAAGGAGGGGAAGGAGGAGGGGAAGAAGCCCGCGAGCGCGUUUCCGGCUGUGAAGAGCGCGUUUGCUGUUUCUAUUGCGGGCAAGGAUGCAGGGGAGGGUGGGGGAAAGGGCAAGGGCGUGAAGAAGGAGGACUCGGCGGGCAGUUUGGCGGAUAGCUAUGUUGAUGUGCGCGAGGAGGACGCCGGGAGCGAUGAGGAGCCUGAGGGGAGCGGGAGCGAGGAUGAAGGCAGCCAGGGACCUGGAGGAAGGGACGAGAUUGAUGACUUUUUGUCGGAUGAUGAGGAGGGCGAAGAAGAGGAGGAGGGUGAUGAGGAGUACGACGAGGAAGAGGAGGAAGAGCACGAAGUCGAAGAGGGCCUCGAGGAUAUACCGGAGGAAGACGAGGAGCCCACGACGACGAUGCCCGCGCUCAAGCUCGAGCCGCCUACACCUGACAAGAAGGGCAAGAUCAAAGGACAGAGCACGACGCCGCCCGGCUCGCCCUCGCGUUCGCCAUCGCCUACCCCCUCGACUAAGAUCGCACAGCCUACACCCACACUCCCCGGCUCGAGCUCAACGAUCGGCCUCGGACGCCCCAGCUCGCGCCCAACACGCAGCUCGCCCCUCGCAUCGACCGUCUCAAGCGCCUCCGACGGCGGCGACCCCUCCAAAUCUGACUCCUCCAAACCAGACGAUAAGCCCAACAAGCCUCGCCCCGCAUCCCCCAAAACGCCCUUCGGCAUGCUCCCGCCCACCGCUCCCAAGCUUAAGGUCUCGCCUUCAGCAUUAACGGCGGAGUUGCCGGCGGAUAAGGAAGAGAUGAAGAAGCCCUCGCCCGUGGCGGGCAGACCGAAGACGCCGCCUGCUACUGCGUUGUUCGGAUUUGGCGGGAGCAAGCCUGCCUCUACGGCUACUGCUGCGCCGGGGGUGGCGAAUAAGGAAGGAGCGUCGCCUGUGCUGGCGCCGAGCCCGUCGACGCCGUCGUUGUUCGGCGGGUUCAAACCUGGUGGUCUAUUCGGCGCGCCUCCGUCCCAGGCUACUCCGCCGUCCCAGCCUCAGCAGCCGCAGACGGCGCACAAGCUGUUCAACCCGCCGCCGCCGCUGGGUCAGGGAUCGUUGUUCGGUGCGCCGCCUACGCCGGUCAGCUCGACGUCCAAACCGUCUACGCCUGUACCUGCACCGGUGCAGCCGGAGGAGAAGCUGGAGCCGCUGCAGGCGGAGUUUUUGAAUUUGUUUUUGGGGCUGAAUAAGGAGCUCGAGGAGCUCGGUGCGCUUGCGCAAGAUGCGGAACGUCGGACGCAGGAGAUGAUCAAUCCGCCGCCUGCACCGCCUGGGAGGGUCGUGCCUACUAUGGAUAUGGUGCAGAGUGUUGGCAAGCAGGUGCACGGGCUCGUGGAUGAUCUGGAGUACUUGCGGACGUCGUUCGAGGAGGAUCAAGGGUUUGUGCGCGAGCUUGAGACGGGCUUACUUCGGGCCAAAACGCGCAAGGAGGUCGUGGCGAAGUUCGAUGCUGCGAAGGACGAUGAGGGGUACUCGAGGAUUAUGAAGAGCCAGUCGCUUAACCCGGACCAUAGCGAGCAGCAGACGCAGCUCCGGCGAAGCAUUCGCACCAUCACCGAGCGCGUUGCACAGCUCGAAGGCAAGCUCCAAGCCGACAAGCGCCGCCUCGAAGAAACCCGCCUGGGCAAGAGCCGCAUCAAGCCUCCCUCACUCGACACCGUGAACCGCACGCUCCGCAACAUCGAUAUGACCAUCGAGCAGCAAAGUGCAGAAAUCGCCGGCCUGUCCGCGCGCGUAUCGAAGCUCGACCUGGCAACGAGCAGAAGGCCGUCGCGCGCACGUUCGCACCGCGAUCGCGCCACCCCCGAGCCCACACCCCGACCGCGCGCGGUGACGCCCAGCAUCGCAGAACGCACGGCUGCGGCGCUUACAGCUGAGCGCGCCGCGUUCAAGCUGAAAGCCGCGCUGCUCAACGCGCGCUCCGAACCGCUCCUGAACACCAAAGCGCUCAACGCCCCGCCCGCUCUACACGCCUUCGCCGACCCAUCACGUCCCGCGCCCAUAUCAGCGCCCAGCGCCUCCGACUUCUUCUCCACGCCCUUCACGCUCCCUCCGCUAUCCGUGUCGGGAGACUUGACGGCGCCGGGGCCGACUGCGGGGAGGAAGAGGAUGGCGAGCGCGACGCACCAGAAGAGCGUGCAGAUUAAGCCGCAUGCUGCUCCUGUUGCGGGUAUUGGUGCGACGCCGACGCCGCUUGGGAGUGCGUUGCCCAAGCCGCCGGCGUUUGAUUGGGGGCCGUUGCCGGGUGUCAAGCCUGCGACGUCGUUGGCGGCUGAUUUGAGGACGCCGCCGAAGAUGGGGCGGUGA